AUGAACGUCGCCAUCGGUGUAUUAUCAAAAAAAAAAGAAUGUAACUACAGAGCAGUAAUGACACACCUUAGGAUCGCUGUUCAGGGCUGUGCUCACGGGGAACUUGUGAAUAUCUACAAUCAUGUUGCCCGUCAAUAUGCCUCCGAAAUGCCGGACAUUCUGAUAGUGCUGGGAGACUUCCAAUCGUUGAGAGAUGAGGACGACAUGGAUUCGAUAGCAGUGCCAGACAAGUACAAAAAGCUGGGAGACUUUCCAAAGUACUUUACUGGAGAGCUGGAAGCUCCUCUACUGACUAUAUUUAUUGGCGGAAACCACGAGAACAUGCGUGGCCUUGCAGAACUACCACGGGGAGGGUUUGUCGCCAAGAACAUUUAUUACAUGGGUUACAGUGGGUCAAUUGUAGUCCAGGGCGUACGAAUCAGCGGGCUGAGUGGUAUAUAUAAGAGUCACGAUUUUGAAAGACCGCGCGCCUCGCUCUCGCAAAUAAAAGCUGAAGGAUGGGGACGACAUGUCAGAAACAUGUACCACGUAAGGAAGACUGAUGUUUUGCCCCUCUUCAUGCUAACGCAGACUGACAUAAUGCUGUCUCACGACUGGCCUAAUGGAAUUGCUCAUCACGGAGAUCUCAAAAAGCUGCUCAAACAAAAGCCGUUUUUUAAAAGAGACAUCUUCAACAAUGACCUCGGAAGCCCUGUUAAUUGGCAACUUCUGAGGAAACUAACUCCUUGUUGGUGGCUGAGUGCGCACCUGCACGUUAAAUUCGAGGCUCAGGUAGCACUAAACAAGCGUGCUCGCAACGAAAGCACCGAGAACACAGACUCAAAUGAGAUAGAUCUGGGCCUGGACGACGACGAAGACGACGGCGACGACGACGCCAAUAUAGAGACUUCUGAAAAGACCAAUUUCCUGGCAUUAGACAAGUGCGGGCGCAACAGAAAGCAUAUGGAAAUCAUAACGGUCGAGGCCGACACCUCCCACCCCACAUUCCAUCCUGAAGCCGUACAAAUAUACGUGGACCCCGAAUUUGUUGCAAACCAGCAAUUCCUCGAGAAAAACCCUCCGAAGUCGAGACUCGAGCACAUAAGCUUCGAGAGCCUGCGUGAACGUCGCGGCGAGCUAGGGGAGAUCGACUGGGAGAGCUAUAGACUGAAUUAUGCUUGA